UUGGCCUGCACUUUGAACCCCGAGGUUUCGUGCGAAUAAAGAUACGGAAUUAAGUGCGCCUGUCCGCAUUUCCGCCGUCCCGCUCCGCCAUCUAACUGCCCAUCGCAUUUUCGGUUCAGAAUCCCGCGGACCUUGCUGCCGUGCACAUCGCAUCGCAUUUCCACAGCUGCGUUUUUCAGCAUUUUCGGUCGCUCUCUCUCCGGUUUUUCUCAGAGCGCUCCGUUCCGCUCUCCAUCGCGCGCGCCCCUCUCUAAAGUUCCAUUGAUAAGCAGGACCACCGCCGCGCCUGCCCCGCCCCCUGCCGCCCACUCCGCCCCACGCUUUUCAGAAAGUGCAAAGCAAAGCCAAGCAGAAGCUAAUCAAUCAAUUAAGAUAGUACGCCGAAUAGUGCAGUGCGUGUGUUAAUUAAUUUUGGUUGCCAUUUCGCACAUUCUGUGUUUAUUAAUAAGCAGUGCAUAGUUUCCGGCGGAAAAGGGCAACUUUCCGUUCAUCUUCGAGCUUCCGUUUGGCGGCCAAUUAGCAGGAGGUCGACAAAGAGAACCAACCAGGGAAAAGGAUCAGCCAACAUGACGCACUGGGAGGACUUCUACAACACGCACCUGCCGCCCGCGGACUUCGAGGACAAUCGCUCCCUGCUCAAGGAGUUCUGCGAGCGGCACAACAAGCUGCAGAACCGCAUCGUCCUCGUCACGUCCGGUGGCACCACAGUUCCCCUGGAGCACAACACGGUGCGGUUUGUGGACAAUUUUAGUGCUGGAACACGGGGCUCCGCCUCAGCGGAAUACUUCCUCGACCACGACUACGCCGUGAUUUUCAUGCACCGCCACAAGUCGCUGGAGCCCUUCACGCGCCACUUCACCGGCCAGCAGUUCUUCGACAUGCUGGACAUCGCGGACAACAGCCAGAGCUCGACGAUAGCCAUCAAGCCGGACUCGGUGGACGUGUUUGCUCCGGUGCUGGCCAAGUACAAGAUAGCCCGCGAAACGCAGAUGAUCCUGUACGUGAACUUCACCAGCGUGGUGGACUACAUGUGGUUGCUCCGUGCCGCCUGCGAGUGCCUGGCCGCCUUCGAGGAGCGGGCCGUGCUCUACCUAGCAGCUGCCGUAUCCGAUUUCUACAUACCCGAGGACAUGAUGCCCACCCACAAAAUGCAAUCAGGAGAUGGAGCGCCGACGAUUUCGCUUCAGCUGGUGCCAAAAAUGCUGGCCCCCCUCGCCAGCUUGUGGGUCCCACACGCCUUUGUGGUGUCCUUUAAGCUGGAAACGGACGAGAGCCUAUUGAUUGUGAAGGCACGUGACAGCCUCAACAAAUACAAGCACAAGCUGGUCAUUGCCAAUGUGCUGCAGACACGCAAGCAUCGCGUGGUGUUCGUCACGCCCACAGAUUCCUACGAGCUGCAUUUGACUCGCGAGCAAACGCUGCAAGGACUCGAGAUCGAGGAGCCCAUCGUGGCCGACGUGGUGCAAAAGCACGGCGAGUUCAUCAGCAAUGCUCAACAGCGUCAAUGACCGUUAUCGAUGCGCCGGAGGCCACAGACGCAGCAUCAACAUCACCAACAACUGGCCACCGGUGACGAGGACGAGGAUGACGGCGAUCUGGAUCGGGAUCCGUACUGCGUGACCAGCUCGCAUUAUUGCCGCGUUCUGAACCCGGGCACGCCAGGCUUUGCCCGCAAAUAUUGAGCAGGUUAUAGUCCAUAUUGUAUACUGGAAUGUGGAUGACAGACAUUUACAUUCGCUUAUUCCUUGCCGUUUGGGUUUGAGUUCCCGCAACAAUUUAUCUAUUUAUGGUCGCGCCUCAUAAUUGAGGUGGCACCGCUCCAUUAGUCCAUUCUCCUGUUGUUAUUUUUUUUAUUAGUUAAUGUAUUUCCCUCAUUGUUGUCCUGAGAAAUGAUGUCACUUGUAUGUAUUCGCCGUUGCCUGGGCUCCUUUUCUUAUCUUCCUUUGUUUGCCGGCACGUUUAUGUCAUCGAGUAUACGCAGCGUGUUGCGCAGACAUCAAUAAGCGAUUUUGAUUUAUGUUUGUGGCAGAGCUUAUGAUGCUUAUACAUUUAAUGAAGCAUCGAUCCGCCGCAGUGAAAAUAAAAUCGCCGAACACGUGGGUUCUUAAAUCCUAAAUUCGAAAAGGCGAAAACGAAAAGCUGCAUGCAAAGCAAUUUGCCGGACUAUGUGUCCCUGGACAACUGCUGCUGGUGUCAGUGGCAGUAGCAGGCGACGCGACAAUUGAUUUGCUGUUUUGCAUAUAUGGGGUGGAAAAGAGUGGCAGCUUUGCCCGUCUAAUGUCCUUGUCGCUUCAAAUUUAUGGCGGCCCGAGCCUUGGCGCCUGACUAUCCGAAGCAGGUCAAGUGCCACCGAGCAAAGGUCAGCUUAAAGCACCUCAAAUUGAGUUUGAAGCGGCUUGGAGCGGUGUAGCGAAACCUAAUUAACAUCCCACACUCACACAGGCACUGAGUUAUUUCUUGGCCAUGAGAUAGGCUGGGGCUGGCUUUCCACAUCCGUAUCCUCAGGGUCCUUUGCGGACCACCGCCUUUCCACAUUUUUAUUGCAUGUUAUGUCGUUGCCACGCCCGUCGGCCGUAAGCUCUAAGCCGCCCGCCUAAACGGGGCUGUGGUAAAGGGUGAAGGGUUGGCGGUGGAUUUGUAUCCUCCUUUCAUGGAGUUGUAACCACUUCCAUCCCGCCCGCAUUGUGGUUUUGUGUGCCAUGCUGUUUUGUUUUCGUCCGCUCGUUCGUUCGUUAGUUUGUUCGUCCGUUUUGUGGGCCGGGGAAAAAAUUCACAUUUCUUUCUGACGUCGGCUUUUUGUGUGUUUGGGAGGGUUGGCUGGGCCUCUGUGGUUGGAGCCUGCAUCAAAUUAAAUUUUAUUGCGCUCGCACGCACCGCAAACAUCGGCCUGGGAACAGAUACGAACACGGGAAACAAUCACACAUGUGGCUUAGGACUUAAGCCGGGCUCCGCUUUUCCUUCGUUUUCACUUUCCUGUUGCUCGGCUUUUAUGGCCUCACCUACGUGCACCCACAUAUCAAGGCUCCCCCAUGUGUACUUCUCAGGCCUGUCCCCGCGUAUCGAUUGUGCAUUAAAGUAUAAACAUAAAAAUUCAGUUUGCCAACAUGAGUUGCGUACAAUAAAAUAUGUAUAACUAGCCGAGUGUGCGAACAAGAUGGGAUUCUUUGAGACGGGAGCUGCCGAUGGUAUUUGCUUUUACUGGCAAAUGGUGUUUUUAUUUCACAAAGAUUACUAAGAGAAUAUACUUAAGCAUGCCAACCAUAAAUAAACUACUUAAAUAACAAAUAAGUUUUCAAACCGUUCAUGUAAAUUCAAGAAGAACCUCUCCAUAUCCAUAACAUAGGACUGCAGUUUAUGAACAGUCAGUCCAAACAAAUUCUUAGUGAAACUUAAGAAUUUCAAUAAAACAGAAAAUCAAAAGUUCAACAACUCUUCAAGUCGUCUAUAUAAGAACUAUUCUCUAUACAUAGAUACAUGUACUAUAUUAUCCAAAAGAGGAAUAAAACCAAGUGAACCAAUUUGUUAAAGUUUCAAUAUCCAAUUGGACCAACCGAUAUGAACAAAAUUAGAAAAAAUACGAACAAGCUAUCAUUAAAGACGAAUAUAUAUGUGUAUAUCUUGAUGUAUACCUUAAAAUAUAAAAAGAAACAAAGAAAUUUCCAUUGAAUAUUUACUCUCUACAAGCAUUUUGCCCUCUAAGCUAGAUAAUUAUUUUAUUGUUGAAAACGAAAACACCCAAAUCCUAUUGUACGCAAUGCAGUUGUGGUUACUGCACCUGCCUUCUUUCUUACCGGAAUCCAUGAGCUGUUUAACUGUAAAACUGUUGUAAAAUGUUUACCAAAAGUGUACCAUAAGCUGUACUAAGGUCUAGUAUCCGUAUACAUAUACAUCUACAAAGAUACAUCAAUAUAUAUAUUUGAAUGUGUAUUAAACUGAAAUGAAAUAGCUUUAAAUGUAUAAACAAA